UGACAUUUUAAAUUUUGCUUUGUUUAUAAAAAUUAUACUCUGUUAAUGGAUUCUUAUCAAUGUUGAUCGUAAAAAAACUAAUGUGAAUAAUAAUAAUGGAUAAUAAACCCUCGUUGAGUCAGUACUUUAGCAGUACCGAGGUUCCGCCCGCAUCUCAAUUUUUCGAUGAAAUCGGAACAUCACCGUCGGAGAUGAUUCAAAGUGUUUAUUUAGGAGAAAACGAAGCCAAUACAACUAAGACAACGAAUGUAUUUUCACAAAAUGUGACUACAUCGUUUGUGCAAACUAAAGUAACACAGGAGUUGACCUUUGGUAAUGUUUUGCCAACUGUUAGUGGGUCUACGCCUAUCCCUGCCACUAGUUUGCCUGAUCCCUCGACAUUCUUUGAUACUAUCGGUCCGGAACCCCAAUUGGGAUCUGGUAAGAGUACUAUAGCAGUUCCUCCGGCUUUAAUUACUGAAGCAAUAGAUGGUUUAAGUAUUAAGAACCAACCUGUUGACAAGGAAGCAGACAGACGCAGAGAUGCUUGGAUACCUAGUGAAGAAGCUAAAAAAACUUUGUUAAAGGCUCAAUCAUCACCUGUAGGACCAUUCUUUCCUGAAAGAGAAGUACUUACUAUGCCUGGUUUGGUGCUGGAAGAAGAAUUGACAGAUGCACUACAAGAGGUGGCAGUGAAAUACCUCGGCGUCAGUUCAGCGGGGAGCCGCGGGGUAGUGCGCGCGGAACAUGUGAGCAGGGAUGAGGCCGGUUUGAGAGAGCUGCUCCGUACUGGAUACCUCCGGGCAGCUGUUAAUCUAACUGCUACAUUAUUAGCCGCUGCAGGUCAAGGUGUUGGUCGUAUGCACCGGCCAACGAAGCACACUCCCCGCUCGCUGCAGCUCUGGCUGACGAGGUUUGCAGUCAUGCUGCGUAUAAAACUUCACGAACCAUUGCUCAAAGAGGCUGAGCCCUUUGGAGAUCUCAGUAAACCAGAUAUGUUUUAUCAGUUCUAUCCCGAGUCAUAUGAGAAUCGAACCGGUUCUUUAGUACCCUUUUCCCUGAGGCUACUAAUCGCUGAAUUGCCAGGACACGUGGGCAAACCAGAGGAGGCAGCUGAUCGUCUGUAUGUUAUGUUGGAUAUUAUAGAGCAGAUGCUAUCGAAUCUACAGCAAGGGAAGACUGAAGAUGGUUCAGGAACUAUAACAGAGCCGGAUAAAUUGGAAUCAAUCAGAUUGUGGACCGGCAGGCAGACCAGAGUGUUGCAUUCUAUAGUCAAUUGUGCUAUUGCUCUAAAGGACUAUCGUUUAGCUAGUAAGAUAUUAGUAUCACUUCAAAAGGAAGCUUCAUCACCGGCGCAGAAGAGAGCGCUGUCGAGUGCACUCUGCCGCUUGUGGCUGUUAGCCGGACAUUUGAAGGCAGCUAUGUUACAUCUCGAAGAUGCUAGAGAAACGAGGCAUCAUUUAUGCCCAACACCAGAUGUUCGGGAAUACGUUGACUUAGGCCUAAUCGAUAUUGCGUACGGCAAAUACCAGGAUGCAUAUAACAAUUUCGCGAGAGCUGCAGAACAGGAACCAACCAAUAUAAUGGUGGCCAACAAUUUAUCAGUCUGUCUCCUCUACAUGGGUCGUCUAAAGGAAGCGAUCGCGGUACUCCAGAAAGCCAUCAACUCUGACCCUGAGAGAGGUCUCAACGAGAGCCUUUUGAUAAACCUUUGCACACUUUACGAAUUAGAAUCUUCUAAAACCAAUGAAAAGAAAUUAAAUCUCCUUAGAAUGUUGUGUAAACACAAAAGUGAUACUAUACCUAAUGUAUUAGAAUGUUUGAAGCUUGCUUAAGUUGCCUUUAGAAUCUAAAUACAGGAUACAUUGCAAUAAAAAGAUAUGUUUAAUUCAAAUUCCGACUGACUGUACCUUUACUCACUGUUGGUUUCUGAAGCCAAAAUCUUCGUAAAAAACCUAUUGUCAUCCCUGUCAUUAUCGUUGACAAAACAGAGAUAACAAUAUGUUUAGGUGUGUGGUCUCAGAAACCAACAACUAGAGAUAGAAUACGAGUCGAAUCCUUGCAAUCGGUUCAACGACAAUGUCAUUUAUUGUCUAUGGAUUUGUUUUGGGAAGUUUCAGUGUUCAAAUUGAUUAUACAAACAUGUCUGUUUUAAUUAGUCUGUGGUUAGAGUUAUAAAGGUUAUAUUGCUUAGAUAGGUUUGUUAUAAUUUCUUAUUUCCAUUGAAUUCAGCUGAAAACUAUACAUGAAACAUAUAAUGCUCUUGUCAGUCGGAUCAUAGAAUAUAAUUCAAAUGUCAAAGUGAAAGCUAAAAGUUUCUAUCUAAUGGUUCAUUUUAAGCGCAAUCCCUAGUGCCCUAAUUAUUUACCGAAAUAAGCAUAAAUAGAUUUUCAUUUAUUUAGAAUGUGUAAGAAAAAUAGAAUUACGUUACAUUUGAUUAUAUUAUUAUAUAAAUGUAGGU